GUCUUGUUUAACCAAACAUACUGGACAAAAAGAGCGUGUGAUAUACAAGGCAACAUGGCAGCGAACCCUACAGCACAAUUCCACUGCGUUUUAUAACAUCUUGAUUUCGACGAUGAGAGCCAUCAGCUAGAUGAGAUCAUGCCAGAUACUGAGAAUCCACGUUCAUAUAUUCGACCGGUACCACUGCCCAUUCCUUCACAUCAAGGGCUAAAAAUCACUGCUAGAAAUGCCAAAUUCUACACUUGCGAAGUUCCAACGAGGAAGGAAGUUGCGAGGGAGAAUUAUGAACGCCGUAGACAUCAAAUGAGCAAAUGCGGUUAUCGCUCGGUCAUUUACAAGCCGUAUCAACCGGUUGGGGAGGUGUUUUUGGAUGAUAGGAAGUUAAUUUUGAGCGCCUUGGGACAGGAGCAAACGGAACAAGACAACCAGGUAUAUUGUGACGUUGUGCACUCUAACAUUCAAGAUAAAGUUUACCCUCUUAGGUUCAUAUUUCAAGAUGAGAAUGAAAUGAUCUUUAUUCAUUUCAUUAUUCAAUACACUUGAGAACGUUUGAUCGGGCUUUGAAGUUAAUUUGCGCACGCUUAUUAAAAUGUACGCAAAGUUUAAUAAGUAAAUGAACCAUCGUGAAUCAAGGCGCUAAUGAUUUUUCGCAUGAUAGUGACGUUGUAUUUACGAUUAGUCAGUAAUUUUCGAUCGCGAUCAGGCUCACUUCGAAUUUUCUUCGUGAUAAAAAAACUGUCCCAGCUGAAAUAAUUUUAACCCGCAGAGUCACGCCACGAACGAGGACAUUUUAACAAAGUAAUACUGUUGCGACGUCUGGAGAAAUUUCAUGGCUAUUUGUAAGCACUGUCACGAUAACGUCAUAUUAAUAUUUAAUUUUGCUGCCUUCGAAAGGAAGGGAAAUGCCAAAUAUUUGAACAAACGCCCGAUGCGUAUUAUAUGAGUAUUUCCAAAAACCGUCGUGAUUAUCAGAGUAUGCUUUACGAUAUGAAACAUAAAACUUCUUCUUAGCUGUAAUUACCAUGGAUGUCCCUAAAUGAAAUUACCGUCAGUAAUCGACUUCAUCAGUUCGUUAACUGUUUAUUCGUCUCUGAUAGAUGUCCGCAUAAUUUACCGCAAGAGUGCCUUCUUUACAGGUGAAAUAAAAGCUUAAUAUUGCAGCUGUCUUUUUUCAAUAUUUUGACACAUUUCACUGCGAAUCAGUCUUGUGAACGAAUACACAACAAACGCUGCCACGUCAGCCAAGUAUUACUUUUCGAAUCGCGCCAAGAGAACUGACACAGAGACCGACACAUCCGAGUCUUCCGACUUUUAGAUAUAAAUGGAAAAUAUUAAACUAAAUGCGAUUAUUGCUGCUCCGGAGGGGGACAAAACGGACAAAAGCGACAAGUGCAAACAUGCCUACAAUGAGUUGAACAAAACUAUUAUUGCAAAGCCGAAAUUAUUAGCAAAUUUAGGUUGAAAGAUAGAUUCAAAACCUUCUGUAAACCCUAGAGAGCCUGGUAGCCCUCAGUUUUUUUGGUUGUGUUGCCACACAACCCCCCUCCCCCACAUGCAUAAAAUGACGACACUAGCUGGGAGUCCUAAGUGCACAAGUGUCUCCCAUAUGUGCCCUGUUCUUUCUUGUCCCAUGAAGCUUUCAAGUGCCUGCUAUGCUAGGUACACUGACAGGCCACUGGGAAGUUAGGAACUUGGUAUCUUUGGGCACAAAGAUUAAGUUAAGAAGAAAAUGUACUUCUCACCUUCUUUAGAUUCAAGAUGAGUCUUCAUCAUCUUCUGGUGAAUCAGAAUCAGAGGAUGAAGAAUCUCUGCGGCAAUCAAAGGUAAUUGUUGUGAUUAAUAAUUUAUUAAUGAUCAAUAAAAAAUUAAUAGUAAAAUAAAACAUGAUGCUUUAAUCGUUAAAAGUCACCCCCACAUUGUUAAAAAAAGAAAGGAAAAAUAGUAUUGAAAGGUGUUACGUAAAUCAAGGUGGCUCUCAAUUUACCCUUCUUCGAUAAUAAUGACUUAGUACUGCCCAAAUGUAAUCUUGUACCCAGAUCUCAAUGACGUAUGCCUAGCUGGCAGGUGGGAGUAUUAGACCGAUAUAUAAUUCAAAAAAGAAUUUGACAUGAUGUCAUACUAGUGAUAUUUUUAUCUUUACUGUGCAUGAUUAUAUUUUAGGAUCAGCAACCAGUGCUUCCACAGCCAACCAACUACAAACCAAAGGUUAUGAAUGAUAUCAAGGCCCAGGUCAACAAGGGAAGGUUCGUGAGAGUAAAUUAUCUAUCAGGGGUUAAUGUCCAUGAUCUACUGAUGAGAAUGUCAAAAAAAUGAUGGGGUUGAAAUUUAUUAGCUUUCCCAGGCUGAGAUACAGUGCGGAGGGCAGCUGCAGAAUCUGAGAAACAUUAACACAGACUGACACUCAGACUGCCUGAUGUGUAUACAGUGGUUGAUCUACACUGUAGGGGAGGGGAGGGACCUGCAUGUCAGCCUUAUAUUUCUAGGUCAAGCUGAAGCCUAACAGGACAAAAAAAAUUCUCGACCCACUUAUUUGAAAAUGUGAAUCCACCUGGUCAUUAUAAAGAAAUCAUGGGUGUUAACAAUAAAUUCCCAGAUUUUACUCUGUGAAGAAGAAGUAAUUCCAAUCUACAUGUAUGGGUAAAUAGGAACAACAAGUCUGGUAAUUAUGCUUUAUGGCAUGGAAAACCUUUAGGGUCACAGCAUAUACCACUACUGGGUCAACUGGGGUUCCUGUGCAGGCUCCUUCCCACCUACCUAUCCAGGUCAACCUCUUUUUUUGAACAGGCUUAUAAAUGCAUGACAGUUUAAAAUAAAUUUCCCUUUUGCUUUGUUUUGUUAACAUUAACGAUUGAUAAAUUUCUGACCAGGAAAAUGAUUCAUGCUGUGAGACUUGGCUUUGGAUUGUACAGGCUCGUCCAUGAUGAACAGCACAGAAAGGCAAGUUAACUCAGAAUUCUGUGGCAAUUUCAUGUACAGAAAUAUUUUGUAUAACACUUCUACUAAAAGAUAAAUUGGAUUCAUUAAUAUUAUUUAUCAAUCAAAAAAUUCAAUAUUGGUUUAGCAAGCAGAAGCUGAGAGGGAGAGAAAACAAAAAGAAGAGGCUGCAAGAAAUCAGAUGAAACCUGCUUCCACUGACAGUGAAAAUUCUGAUGACGAACUAGACAUUGAACUUAAAAGGUAUCUCAAAAUUGGUUAGACUAUUUUCAGUGAUUAUUAAAACAGCCCAUUUUUGAGACCUGAUUCUAAUUCUUAAUAUGUAAAAUUAUCAAGUUUAUAAUAGGUUAAUAUUAUUUAUUAAUUUUGUCGUAUUACAUCUCAACAGUUACAUGAUUCCAGCACCAAGCAGUCCAAGUCGAGAGACAGAGUAAGUUUUAUAACAAAUAAUUUAAUUUUGGGCAUCGAAGAAUCCAGACCAGAUUUGACCCCCACCACUGUAACUCAUUAAAUACCAAAGGGUUAGGGUUACAGGGAUUGAUAAAUCUGUUCCAAUUCAGAAUUUUCAAACUGCCUUUCUAUCUAUUUCCUUUCCCUUUUGUGUCCAGUUUCUAAAUUUUAACCAUAUAUAGGUUUAGGCACUUGUUUAUCAAUGUUCUGUUAGACUGUCCACACUCCCCUAUUUUUCCGUAAGAUCGUCGAGAUGAAAGGCUUUGCAUUACAGGCAGCCAUCUUGGAUGAGUGUCAAAUCUACUAAGGGGAUGGAGAACAGCCAAGCUCCCCCACCUCUAUAGACCCCAAUGACCACCCCCUUGGUACAUAUGAAGCCACGAUGGCUGUUCACAAUCUCUAAAUGGUAACCCUCCAUCCUGAUGAUCUUAUGAAAAAAUUAGGGACUGUGAACAGACUAAACUUAAACUUGCAGUGAGCACAGGUCUGUCUGUGCAUCACUAAAUGCAGGCUUACUGUAGGAUUUUGAUUUCUGGCUUGGCAUAAUGAUAGAAAAAAAUAUUUAGAGAACACUUAAAUAAAUUCAAUUGAAGGGUUGUCUUAACACAGACGUGGAAAAUAAAACAUGCAUGAAAUUUAAUAAACUGCUAGAUCCUUUUUCAAAAUUGCCUUCUGUUUAAUGGAGGAGCAAAGGGAUAAUUUGACAUACAAUUUCUGCCUGGUUAAAAUACUUUAGGAAGGCAGUAAUAUUUUUUAUAGGCAACAUAACCUCAGCAAACAUGCAGUAGUACAUCACAUAAGGGUACCAUAUUUUUUUUUUCCUUAGUUAUGGAGAACACGUUGAUCCUGCACAGGACACCCAACCAAGACCCAGUAGCUCUCAUUCUUCCACCAGUAGUCAAAGGUGGAAACAGCUUGGUAAGCACAGUCAGGUUAAUAAAUAUUACAUCCACCGAGUAUACACCUAAUUGCAAUAAGGUUGUCAUAGAAAAAAGCAAAAAGCAAAAAGUUAAAUAGGAAUUAAUUAGCAUAUAAUUAUCAUAGCUUGCAACAUUCACAACACACACGCUUACAGCUGAAUAUUAAUCACGUAAUAUGAGAGAAAUCAUUUGCGUCAGUUUCUUAGUGUCAUUCUCAUGCAAUUCAAGGCUGAAUCAUCUAGCGAAUUUCAAACGUGCUUGAAUUACAAAGCACAUCGGAUAACUACCAAAGAAAUAAUGGCUCCAUUUUUUUUCAAUAAAUAUAGCCUGGGGUAAAUUCCAGGAACUCAACGCGUGUUUUAGAUUAGUGCUAAAUAGAAAAGCCAGUCUGCGUAUGGUUUGCAGUGCACAACACCCUCUGAUCACAAUUUUUAAGCAACAAAUCAGGGGCGUAGGCAGAACUUUUCAUCGCAGAGAGGGUAAGGGGGUCCUCCGCCAGUUCCUCACCUGAGCCACAAACCAAGCUUCGUUUGUCAGGACAUAAUGGAUUGGCGACUGAACGAGCGACAACUGAGACAUAACAUUGCUCGCAUCAAUUUACCUUUUACUUUCUCGAAUUGCGCGACUUCUUUUGACGGAGAAUGUUGGCUCUAAAAUGAUUAUGGUGCCUGUCUAUCUUAUAGCGCAGAAUUACAUAUAAAUUAUCUCUUGCUAUUGUGAAUGAAUUCUUAAAUAAUUGCUAAAUACUGAAUUAAAAUACGCAAAUGUAAAUCACAUGGCUAAUUUAUUCCUAUUUGGCUUUUUUGCUUUAUGUUUUUUUUUUCUAUGACAACGUUAUUGCAAUUAGGUGUAUAUUAGAUAAAUUAGAUAAGACACAUGACACUUUCACCAACAGUCUAUUGAAGCUGAAUAAAUACUACAGUUUGACCUCUCCACAAUGGCCACCUUGGCGACAGAAGAAAGUGGCCAUUGUAGAGAGGUGGGCGUUGUAGAGAGGUGGGUGUUGUAGAGAGGUGGGUGUUGUAGAGAGAUGACUGUUAGUGGAGGUUUAACUGUAUCUAAGUCUAAGCACAAGUCAUACAAUAAGCCAAUCCUGUGUUUGCACCUAACUUAAAUAAAUGAAUAAUAGUAAAUUACAAAGCGAUGAAUGAAUCAAAGUACAGUUAAUGGAAAUGAUCAUUAAUCAAAACUAAUAGUAGAGAGCUAAAUGAAGUCCAUAGUAACCAUAUAUGCCCUUUAUACUUUUCUUGCUAGGUACGUCUGUCGUCACGUCAGUAAAGAGCCCUCCCGCAUCACCACAGCCUACCCUCCAAGUCUCCUCACCCACCCCCUCACAUUCAAUGGAUCUUGAUUUUGACAGGCUAGUGUUUUUGCAUUUGAUGGAUAAUUUUUAGUCUAUUUUAAUGUGUAUUUCAAUGCUGGAAAGAACAACAAAGCUGUGCAAAUUAUAUGUAGCUACUGUACUUUAAAGCUGCCUAAAAAAUUUAAUAAAUAAGUUUUAAUCCCUUUCUAGAAUAACUAAUACAGUGUACGUUUAAUAUUCGGGGAAAUCCAGGGCAGCGAAUCGGAAAGGAAUUUUAUGUGCGUUAUCUAAGUACAUGGAGAAAAAGUUUACAAGAGGGAAUGGUAGAACAGCUUUUUCAUUCUUGCUUAAGUUUGCAACUAUUUCGCCCCUAAAUAUUCCUGCCAUUAAACCAAUCAGCUAUAAGUGGCAGAAAUUAGAAAGUACCGCUGUUUGCCACCAAUAAAUUUCUCUCGAUUUCUAACAGAAUUAUCCUACUUACAUAAAUGUCCAAGACCAACUUCUUCCUUCCAACCUGCGUUAUAAAUUUCAAAUUCAUUUCUUUGUUUGAUCGAGUACAAAUUGCUCAAAUAGUCCAAAUACUCUGUUACCGCUGACCAGUUAGUUGAGAAGAACACCAAGUUCACGACAAACACGUGAUCGUUUAGGGAGCCAUCCUUUUAUCGCGUUUGUAAUAAAAACCAAGAUGACAAAGUGCAGAUGGAAGAUGAACAAAAUGAAAGGGGACAAAGAAAGUAAUGCGAAACUAUUCUGUUUUUCAUGUAGGUCGUCAACUGAACAUCCAGAAACAGAUAGAAACAUGACAAGUGCGCCCUCCAGCCCUGCCCCCACCACUCGAAGAUACCUUCACCCACCACAGUCCGCUGCUCAAAGUACCAUCUCAAAAAGCAGCCGCAGGUCUAGGAGACUGAGAAGUCAAAGGCCUUAUUCACCGGUGUAUUCCAAUAUCAACUACAAUGACGUCACGGACAGGUUUGUUCAAAGCUACUAGCCAGGUCCGACAUGGUUUAGACACCAGGGCCGAGUUGUUCAAAGCAGGGUUAAGAUAACCCGGGGUUAGUGCGAGAUUUUUAUUCAGAUUUGAAAGCUUAAAAGCAUUUCAGUUUUAAUUCUUUUUGUCUACAAGUUGAUGAUUGGAAGCUCUAAAAAUAACAGAGAAAUUGUCCGAGAAAAUGCUUUUGAACACAAGAAAAAGAAACGCGGGUUAAAUUUAACCCCGGGUUAAGCGCUAAUCGGCUUUCGAACGACCGGGCCCUUAGUUACAGUUGGCAUUUGCAACACCUCUGCAGCCGCUGGAUACAAGCGCGCAACUUCGACUGAUAGAGAAACUGUGUGUUUUGACUUGUUCCCAAUCUGCUCGUGACUGCGCCACCAAAAAAAUUACAGCACUUGCCCGCUUAUAGUUAGCUUGCGAACCGCAGACGUAUUUCCGGUGGUCGCUUUCUCCCUCCGAAACAUAACGUUUUUCUCGGCGGGUGAAACUAAAGCCGAAAAAACCGGAUGCUCUCGCAGACUAGCUUAUAGUCUGCUUAUCCCGCCCGCUACGCAGAAUAGUACCUGACUAGCUUAGCUGUCCUAUUUGUCUCCUAAUUUCAUUUUAUGUGCCCAAGGGAAGAUGGGAUGGAGGGAAAAGGGGAGUCUCUCUUUUUUCCCUCUCUCCCUCCCAUCGUCCCUUUCGCCGCGAUUGUUUCCCUCUCUGCGCAUGCUUUCUUCGAGUCUUAAUGUCGCCUAUUUAUAGCUAACCUGGAGCUUAACCGUCUAAUUUACCACAACCGGAAAUCGCACAAUAAUGACCCGGGGGGAGGGAGGGGGGGUACUCGUCCAGUAUUUGGGUAUAGGUGAGCCGCUGAGAGAUUGAAACCCUGACCCCGGUAAGGACAAAAAAUUCCUAAAAUAUAUACCCUAUUUAGGACAAAGGAGAAAGUGCACGCUGUCUUGUUUCAAUAAAGCCAUUAAUUGGCAAUCGCAGCAGAGCAAUUUCACGUUAUAGGCUUUAGAAUACUUUGAGUACAAACAAAAUUCAUCUUGCAAUCAAAUCAAUCGUGCAGGCACAGUGCCCUGUUGACAGACUUACACGAAAUUAUAUACCCUGUUUAGGACAGAGAGGUCAAAAACUAUACCCUGUCUAGCGGCAGAUCCCCGUGGAAUACCCCACCCACCCCCCACCCCCCGGGAAUAAUGAAGAAAUAAUGAACGACUUUUGCCGCCUAUAUAAUUAAAAAAAUAAACUCGUUUUGUCUAGGAUACGUAGGCUAAUCCAGUUUCAAUACAAUGCAAUACUUUACUUAAAUUAGUACCAAGGAUUAGUUUCUUUAAAUAAAAAAAAACUUCACCAGUUACCAGCCAUUUAUGUCACGCAAUGCUGGAGGCCAUAUAUAACAAGUAAAAAUACGUCAAAAAACAGGCAUCAUCAUUGUUGAUGUGAUGUCAUUAUCACACAGGAAAAACAUAUUUCGUCAGCUGUGCGCACUGAACUGGAUCUUAGAGGGGAUGUCUCAGGAUCAACAGCCUCCAGUCAUGCCACCAAUCACGAGCUGCUGGAAAUUAAAGUACGUACCCUGCUCCAUUGUCUUCCAGCUGGGUGUCCUGUGUUUGUUCCUGUCAAAUGGGUCAUGCCAGUUUUGCUUUUCUUGAGGCCUGAGUGUUGGUUUUUUUGUGGCUAGUACUUUAAAGUUAGUUUAUUAAUCUUCGCUGUUCUUAGCACGUUACUUUUUUUCUAAUCUUUUGACUUCAAAACUUUGAUAGCACUCAAUUAGCUUUUCUCUUAUUUUGUGUUUAAUUUAUUUCAUUACCUUUUCAGGGACCUUAAUGAAGACCCAAGAGCAAUCCGGAAAAGAGUAGAAAAAGAUAAGGUCACAGAUAAAGACUGGGCGACAUUUAAACAAAAUCCUGCUCGCUUUACACAGGUGAGAAGUACAACAUGCUAGAGAUCUUUUUCGGAAGCAGAUAUUCAAGAAAAGGGCUGUUUUCUUGCUCCGUACGUGCAAGGGAUUCCGGAGCCCGGGAAAUUUUUGCUUAUCAAUCCGAAAUCUGGGAAAUUUUGCCUGUGGAAUCCGGAAUCCCACUAACGAUUGGAAUUCACUGACAAAAAAAUCAGGAAUCUGGAAUCUAUGGCGUGGAAUCCGGAAUCCAGCUAUGUCUUGGAUUCCCUUACGUGGGGCAAGUUUUCAGUACUGCUACUUAUGAGGUGCUUUUGAUGCAAGAUUUUCUAAAGGUUUCAAACCCCCGAAAGCAUUCAAUAACCAGGCUUACAUUUUUAUUUAUUUCCAAAUCCUAAGCGUGGAACUCGAAGAGGCACAAGGAGAAUCUCCAUUCACCCGAAUUUCAUCCAGCGCUUUUCCACAACGAACACCCCCACUGUUGGACCUAGUGCUCUUCGUGUUCCAACAGAGACUCGGCCACGAAGUGGAACAAGUGUGACUGGAGAGACCGUGGUGUCAUCCCGAACAGAAGUUCCGACAGAGCAAGCGCCAGACCAAAGGGCCUCUCAGGAAGGGAGUGGAAGCGACGGUCAUGGAAAUUCUUCGCAUAACGGUGGUGAGUCUCGAAGAAUUUGUUUUUAAGACAUUAAUUUUACACUGGCUGAAAGAAGGAGAAAGAGAAGGGCAUUUCUAAUCCAUAUAAAGUUGAUUUCGCAGUUAAUUCAAAUAUUUUUAUCCGCUUGCUUCUUAUGGAACUAAAAAGAAACAAAAAAGAAAGGCUAGGAAAAGAGAAAAGGUACUGACGUGAAAACCAUUGGAAAUUCCAUAACGUUAGCAAAUAUUCUUUUUUCCCCUUUGAAAGUAGGUUAUCUGACCUAACCGUUUUCUGAACCAAAAUAAACUUAGAUACAAGAAUGAGAAAUUGUCCAUUAUCAGCAAAAUCAAAAACUAAGGUUCCUUCAGUGUAAAUGAGAGUGCUGAAGUGUGCCUUAGCAUGCCACGGAUGAUUGGGCAAACCAGAAGUAAAUGUCUGACUGAGAUAUCGAGUCAAGUUCUGAGAUAUAUAUGGUAUUUUUUUAACUCUCUUUCUUGAUUCAUUUUUUGCUUAUAACUCUCUCGUUUUUUUUUCUUUUGGCACUAGGUGGUCAUACGGUUACUUUUGUGGACCCAAAGAUAAGAGCCGUAUCAGCCCCUCCUGGGCCCAUAAGUGAGCAGACCACUGUCACACCAGGAGCAUUACCAGUCACCAUGUCAAACACCAACUCAAACGGGGCCCCACAGAACGGAGCUCCAGGCGGGAAUGAUAAAAAGGCUCCACCAAAGCUUCAGAAACAGAAAUCAUUUACUGUUACAACAGUCUACACACCACCUUCAAAUCCUAGCAAAGCCAUGCAAAAAAUACGCGCCAAGACGAGGGCAGCAAAAGCCUUUAAAAGCACACUUUCGGUAAGGAAAGAUUUUCUUUUAAAAAAUACAAUAAUGCUCUUUUAAAUGUGCACUUUGCACGCCUGAUUUCCGUGAUGUGAAAAACGAUUAACGGCCGGUCUGCGUCUCGUGACUCGUCGCCGAAUGCUUUGCGCCAUUUUGGCCUUAAAAUCGAGUUAAUCAUGAUAUUGCUAAAAUAAAUAGAAACAUUUAUCUGGAAUAUUGAAGGCACAACUUCAGAUCGAUUCGCAAACCGCCGCAAACCUGUUACCGCUUUAGCCUCGUAUUCAGAAUGAUCUUAACACCAGCUGCACUUUCUAAGUACCUAGAGUGUUAUUGUAUUUUCGGAAGGACCUAUUAGAUAAGAUAGGAACCUGAAAGAGGUAGAUUUGAUCAUAAGAUAAAUCGAUACCGAUUACUGCAGCGUGUUACUUCUUGUUGAGGUCUCAUUUCUAUUCUGUUUUAGCACAAGGAGCUGGAAAAGCUUGCGUCGAAACCUGAAGAACAGCAAACGGCGAGCGAUUCACGAGUCAGAGCUUGGGUUCAAGCAACCGGUAAGGUACCACUUAUUAUACAAAUUAUCCCAGACGUUGGGUUGAAUGUAAAUAAAAACACCCCGCCCUGCCCCUUUUUCGUCUUCUAAUCAGAUGAUAAAUCUACUGAAUCACUUGUUAGAAGAACGUAAGCAAGGUUUUGUUUCCAAACAAAAAUCAUGAUCUACAGGUAACGACAAAUAUGAUAUGCCAAAUUGUUGAGGACGAAGCAGGGCCCCUCUUCAGGGCCCCUCUUCAACCCCCCCACCACCACCACCACCACCUCCUGGAAAUAACUACAUUAAUUGUUAACUUUUUUUCCUCUUCUUUUCAUAACAGGAGCAGUUAACACUAAAAGGUCAGUUCAUUUUCCAUCUUGUAUUUUAGUGGGUUUGUCAUUGCUUGUCCUAGCGUUUAUCCGAACAGUAAAGACCAACUCUAAGCAGCCCUGUGAAACAAAUAUAACAAGGCUCCUUGCAGUUUGCCAAAAAAAAAAUACAAAAGAAGUAUUCACACAGUUCGUUUUCACACUUAGCCUGUGGCCAGGCUCUCAGAUAUUAGGGAAGAGUCGCGAAAACAAGAAGCCAAGCGAAGUAAGACGUACAUGAUCACCGCCUCCUCUCCAGCCAUGCCCACGCGCGUCAAUUUUCGCAUCAGUUCAGCCCUCGAUCUUUAUAGGGCCUCUAUGGAUAGCAGUUUUUACUUUUUAUAAAAACUGAAAGAGUUACCCUAUUGAAAAACAGUUUCUCUCUAUCUCUGCGUGUUACUAUCUUAGAGCCUGGUACAAGCUAUUUGAAAAUCUGAAUAAAGCACUUUCCGUUUUGCCCCUUAUUCUGACUUUCAUGCAGACUUUCUUGACCGGGCCGUGCAAUCUAAGUGCGAAUUAAACCAGCAAUUGUUUAGCCUGCGAGCAAGCUCUCCUAUUUGGGCGAGUGAAGCGAGUGAAGCGAGAACGCGCGAGCGAGCGGCAAAGCCGCGAGGGGCCGGCCCCCUCGGCCCCCUCGCUCGCGCGUUCUCGCGAGUCUCACCUCGCUUACCCAAAUAGAGAGCUUGCUCGCAGGCUAGCAAUUGUUAAGUUUCCUUUUCUCUUGUCAACGGAAAAUGUAUCCAAAUAACUGAAAAACAGCCUAGAAUUUCAAACAAGAAUUCUCGGUCCAAAAUUAUUCCCUUUAACCCACCUAUGUGAAAUCUUUUCAUUUUCUUCAUUAGAUUUGCUGCAGCCGCCAUAGCGGCAUUUGGCGCCAUCAGCCUGGAUCACAGAACUGAGAAAGUUCCCAUCGAGUCAAAAACAAAGUUUAAUGAAGUGGCGGGAGAGAAAGCUCUUAUUUUACACGACAACUUAGAAGUCAGGGACAGGUGAGCCCGCGCUAUCGUUUGACACUGCUGUGUACUUUUAACUGGAGGAGUAUAUUCCCGGUAUAUGGGAAUUGAACAAAAAAUAGUGAAAAUGCAGCGCGGGAUUCGAGAAACGUUAACGGGAUACGGGAUUUGACUGCUACCCGGGAAGCGGAAUUCGCCAAAAUUUGGCACGGGAUGCAGGAGUGGCAAAGAAAAUGGUAUUCACUGACGAAGUUGAAGGGAAGUUCGGGACGCGUAUUUGCGGGGUAAAGGAGAGGGAAUGUCCAAGUUGUCUGCCGCCUUGGUUCUCCGAGGAUAGUUUAACGUAAUUGAUUAAUAGUCAAAAGAUGAAAUAAAAUCGCGCUAAAGUAAAGAGAGAACAGCAAAAUUGGCUUAUAGUCAUGCAUGCGUAGACGUUACGAAGACAACGUCUUCGUUCAAUUUUUGCCUCUAUAGAUCAAACCCUCUGUUUAGAGCACUUGCUUCCUAUCCGUCCUCUGUAAUUAUUAAGGUCGUUUAUUCUAGAAGACUUAAACAGUAUGGAAAUGCGAAGUAGCAGCCUUCCUUUAAAUCGCCGUGUAACUGUAAUUUGUUUACCCAUGGAGCACCAAGGAGUUUACACAAACUCGUUCAGGAGUGUCCGUGCUUUCCAGAUCGAACUGGAAUUUGGCCUUGACAUUUUGUUGUCUUUAUUUUCAUAGGAAUCGUCUUCAAGUGUUGGAGCGUAAGCUUAUGUGUCUUGAGACGUUCAAUAACAUUUACAGGGCCCUUGAUCAGAUGCGAAGUAGUAGCGUUAUUCCAGACACGGAAACAAACGAGGAGAUGAGACAGCGAGUCACAGAGGAAUGCAAAUGGUUUGUUUGGGACUUACAGUUACUAUCUUUGAGUGUUGCUUGCCUACUAGGCCUCAUUAUUGUGCGCGGCCGAUGCGUUUCGGGUCACGUGGUCCGUUCGUUCCGGAUACAUCACUGAAAUGCAUUGACCGAGAAGGCCUGGAAAGACCCCGUAUAGGAAUUUAGUAGGAAUGGUGCAUUGUCUGUAAAGUAGCCAACUUCUUGACAAGCAGGGGCCUCAAAAUAAUCGCGUGGGCGAGGAUAAAAUACGUGCGAGGGAGCAUGCGAGCGAGGAAGAUGCGCGAGGGAAAAGACGAAAAGAGAAGAAGGGACUGCAACCUUUUUUGUAGCCGUUGAUUUCAAAUUCUCCACCCACCAAACGUAUUAAUCUUGUCAACAUACACCUCCUUCUCUUUUUGUGUUUUCCUCGCGCGUUUGCCUCGCCCUCUUACACGUGACAUGCUCGCCACGCUUGUGACAAUCCUGAGUGACUGCCAUCAGUCUAGCUGACCACUGCACACAGGCUUGGCAUCCUUUUUUGUCGCUCAGGGUUUGUGCACAGAUUUACCAGUCUCCGUAUUGUUUGCACAUGAAUUUAUGAACCUCGACCUCCAAUGAGUUUCUGAUCUACGGAGACGUAGGAAAACUACUGAGGGAAUUUGUAAAAUUUCUUGUUCAGGAUUUGCUUUGGUUUUCUUCCCUCUUUGUGCAACAUAUUGUAAAAUAUUUAUACGGUGAAGACGUGUGUUAAGAUCUAACUAUUGUCUGUCCUUUUUUAUUCAUCCUAGGUAUAAAGACUUACUGGGUAACCUGCCGCAGGACGUAAAAGAUGAUCGAUACUGCACUAUAGUAUUAAAUCGUAUCGCUGGUUAUGGAUCUGUGAGUAUCACUCUUUGUAACCAUAAAUCACCUACCCCGAUACUCUUGCACUGCCUUGCAUGACUGGAAACAAGUUAAAGUGUAAAACGGUGUAUGACACCAUGUUGCCGAAAACACUAAACAUCAAAUACAGCUAGAAACGUGAUGUUUAUGAAGAAAAAAAGACUUUUUCCAGGAUUGAUAGUCUGACGAGACACUACUAGCCAUCUCCAAAGUACAAUAGCAAGACAAAAAAGUCUGGAACAGUUUCUCACGUUCUUUUAUUUUUGUAUUCAGCUGGAAGGGAGGAAAAUAAGUAGCAAUCAGUUCUUAAAAGUCUUAUCGACGCUUCGUGUCUGGGAAAUCUGCGCCCCUGAUAUCAAUGCCACUGCUGAGGUGAGUAUAGUGGACCUGACGCAAUGAAAAACAGUGAUAAUGGAUACGUUACUUCCUAGAUGCCUCAAGCCUCUGUUUCAAAGCGAGGCUACCUGCGAACCCACUGGUAUGAAAAUGAUUUUUUUCUAUACAAAUAAAACUCAUUUUCAGGACACUAAGGUUUUCCCCGGUAGCUUAGCCUAUUUUGAAAGAGAGAGUUUUUGUGACUCAGAAAUGGGCCAUUGUGACGGAUGCAAGGUUUUUCUGUUUCUGUUUUUCUUUUGUUCGGAUGGUCAGUUGCUUGUUAAAGCAUUUGACAAGAAAAAUUAAAAGUAACGUAAUUCGAUGUUUCGAUGUUCUAAAGUUUUUAUCAGGACUGAAAACUGUUAAGUAGACCGUUUAAAACUUUGACAGUUAACGGUUUUUAUUUAUGAUAACGAUGUUAGAAACACAACUUUACUUUUAAUUUUUCUUGUAUGUGGUUCUGGCAAAUAUAAAUUUAUAUUACAAUUUGCGUCAGGACGUUGUCGCAAAUUGCCUGAAGCGUCAAUUAUUAAAAAAUGCUGCAGCCCUGAUUACAACAUACUUAGCUUCCAUUCAUUACAAGGUACCACAACUCCUAUCACACAUUGCCUCCGUUCGCAAAGGGAAGGGGAAGGGUAUUUGGACGACAUCUCCUUUUCCUUUCCUUUCGAACGCUAUAUCACAAAAUGCGUAAACUGUUACAAAAUUUCACAGGAGAGUAGCUCUUCGAAUGAUUGCGGUGUAUUGGAGCGAUCUGUCGGCUCUCUUAUCGCACUAUAGGCCACCUGAAUUCGGAACGUGGGUUUGUUUUUUUCUGAGCGCGAUGCGCUGUCGAAAGGAGUGGGGGCUGUUUAUGGAAAAUAAUAACACAUUCGUGCCUACUUUUCUAUUAACAGUUUGUUCGCGAAAAAAUUGUGGAAAUGUCUGAACUGGAAUUCGAAGAUUGGCUGAACGCCAAGUUUCCACAGCCAUCAAGACCGGUCUCGGCACCGCUACCAAGGAGCAGCGGUUACCGCUAUUAGACCUGAACUUCUUCACAAAGGAGCCAGCUGUUAGUGUUAAUACUGAUGACGGAAGGACUGAAGCUAUGUUGACCGGCACUCUACCGAAUAGAUCAGUUUGUGACGACACGAAAAAUAUCGGAUAUAGUAAUGUAUGAACAUCUAUCCGGCGAUAUGUGACUCUACACUUUCGAGAUCGGCGCGCCUCGCAGCUUCGCUCCGUUACAGAAACCGCGUCUCAAUGACUGUUUUUAGCUCUCCAGAUGAUGGUUUUCGUACCUUUGAAAAAUAUAAUAAAGGUAUCCGGUAUGGUGUGUAUAUAGCCUCAAUACUUCGGCGAGUUCCACUGAAAAAACGGUUCAUUUUCAAGAAAUUUAACCGUCUAAGAAAGCCUCGUAAAGACGGCUAUGUUUGAUUGCAACUGAUAAAGACUUUGUCUCUCAGGAACGGAGUAUACCGUCUUACUUUGAUGAGCAGCAGCCGAUUAAGCUCUGUGCCUUUUUGAAGCACCUUACUUUGUUCCUGAAUAGCAAUGAAUAUUGAAGUAGUACCGUGAAGUAAAAAUAUAAAGCUUUAUGUUUAGCUUAAAACCAAAUGAGAGCGGUAAUCUAAGUACUAGCUCUUUUCUUUCUUUCAUUUAGUAAAAAAUCAUUAAUGCUCUGGGCGUCAAAAACCACUUUUAUAAUGUCAUAAAUAUUAAGCACCUCGCUCGUAUACGUACGUAUCAGACCAGCAAAAUCUGCAGUCUUUCUACGUUUAUAAAAGAUACCUAUUUUCAUUCCAUUAAAAAUGACUGUUAUAGUUUUGAAAAGUUGCUGCCGGACAUAUUUUAUACAGAUUUAUUUAUACAUGGUUUUUAGCGGAAUGUAUAAAUAGUUUAUAGCAGUCAGUUCUUAGUUUUACGAAAGAUUUGUAAUAAAGGAAGC